AAAAACAAAAAUUCCAACAUCCCACAGAAAAUAUCUUCUACUUCUUCCGUUCCGACCGGUAGUCCUUCUUCCGUUCCGACCGGCAGUCCUUCUCCGACAGCACAGCAAUGCGAGACCGAUCGAUUACUGCAGUCCGCGAACAGCAGCUCGACGUCUAACUCGAAAGAAAAAAGUUGGCGCCCAUCGGUUCUCCGAUUUGACGGCAUUCGCCAGCGUUCGUUCGGUAGCAAAGAGAAGGACGGUGUCAACAGUAGCAGUCGCGGCAGCAAGGAUCUUGUCCAAAACGCGACGGUGCGCAUCGCAGCGUCGGGUGACGAAGCUGAAGAAAUGAUGGCGGAGAUGGACCAUGUUGAACAAGAACAGAUGGAGAAUGUUGGACAAGGCCCGUCUUCAGAUGAGGACGAUGAGGACCACCUCCCAGGUCGUGGUACAGCGAGGACGAAUUAUGGGCCACGCGUGG